AUGGAGUGGAUGGACAAAGUACACAACGAGGGAGGCAUGAAGGGCAAGACCUCAGAUGAUGAGAAGCACAUAUGGAAUCCACGGCUCAUGCGCUGUACAAAAUGCUCACUCGCCGACGGCGACCCAAAUGCCCCUGGCCACGGCGGGGGCGCUGCGGGACACCCAGCGGCGCCCGGGCCCCGCACCGGGCUGCGCCGAGGCCCCGCGGAGCGGGGGGCGGGCGGUGCCGCCGUCAGUCAGCGGCCGCGGAAGGCGGUGCCUGAGCGGGUUGGCGAAGGCGCCGGGGGCGGGGCGGGGGCAGAGCCGGCGGCGGGCACGGCACCGCCGAGGCACCGAGGCGGCGAGCGCGGUCGAGAGCGCGGUGGGACGGGCGCACGGCGGAGAGUGGGGCGUCGCGGCGGUAGCUGCUGCCUGCCCGCCCGUGGGAGGGAGGUGGUGACGGCCCCGCCGCUCCUGCCGCUCCUGCUGCAGCUACUGCUGCAGCUAUUGCUGCUGCCGCUGCUGCCACCACUACCACCGCUGCUACCGGUGCUGCCACUGCUGCCACUGCUGCCACCGCUGCUGCCGCUGAGGAAAAGCAUGUGUGCAGAGUUUGGUGGCAGAAUAUUUAAGGUAUGUGGGCAGUCUGUGGCAAAUACACCUGAAGAAAGUGUGACUGGCUGAAGAGUCGGUUGAACUUGUGUAUGAAGACAAAGAAGUGCCAGGAAGCCCAGGAAAAGAAUUAAUUGGAAGAGUAUUGCUAGACACAGAAGAAUUGGAACUUUUAACUUCUGCAACAGACAGUGACUAAGAAUAAAUACAUUGGUAAAAAUAUCAGCAGUGAAAA